CCGCAGCCUUCAAGGCGGACGUCGCAGCGGAUUUUAUUCUUCACUUGGAUCGUGGGCUGCUUCUUUGUCGCCAACUUGUACAACAGCGAGUUGUCGGCUUGGAUGGUGGCUCAGGUGACCGCGACACCUCUUCGAACCAUUCGAGACAUGGCCCACAGCAAAGUUACCUGGGGCCGACUUGACACAGACAUGUUCAUAUACCUGCAGCAGUCUGAUUCGGAUUUGGGGAAAAAAUUGGCCAGGAAAUUCAAACUGGCCAAAACAGAGGCUGAUGUCGAAGAAAACGUCAAAAAGGGGGGGUACGGAGUGUUCGUCCACGUGCUGAGCGACGGCUACCCUUCAGGCGCUGAAUAUUUGUCUUCGCCUGCGAGGCGAAGUUUGGUCACUCUUCCUGAUUGCAUGGCCACGAGGUUUGUUUCAAUUGGGAUGAGAAGAGGGUUACCUCUGCAAAGGGCGACCAGCGUUGAGCUGCGCCGGCUUCAAGAGGCCGGUCUGCUGCAGGAGUGGCAGGCGCGGGACGUGAGGAAAUAUGGCGACCAAGCGGACUACAGGAGCUACGCGGGGUCGCAAAAGCCGCUGCAUGCGCCCUUGGCAGUGGACAAUCUUGCCGGCGCUUUUGCCUUCCUAGCCAUCGGAUUAAACUUGGCAGCAGUGUCAUUUGCCUUUGAAAAUGCAUUUAAAUUGCUGGAUCAGAAAUUGAAAGAAAUUAUUAAUGAUGAUCGAUAUUAGCAUAAUACUAUUAUAGAAAGGAAAAGUCAUUUCAACACGUAGAGAGUUUGCUUUUCUCUGACAGAAUAAUCAAUAACCUUGCACACUUAAAGAGAUUAAAAGCUCAUUUGACUUGUGCGGCUAAUACAUUUUAGGCCUUUGCGUUAGCAAUGGAUCUGAACAAAAUUUUGCCAAUUUUGAAUGUUAUGCAAAAAAUAGGCAUUUUACCUUUUAAAGAAAUUCAAGGAACGGGGCAGUAUGUCAAAUUGGCGCAAUCCAGAUUUGUUCAGGUAUAAUAUAUGAGUUUAACUUGAAUGAGCAUUAAGUUUUAUUUUAUUGCAUCUCUCCUAAAAGUUGCUCAGUUUCCUGUUCUUGGCACUUUUGAGCUCUGGUUCGAUUUUGAAUCUUUGGCAGAAUUUCACAAUUUUAAUGAACAGCAGUGAGCUUGCCAGUGAAAUGACCGAUUUUGUGCUGAAGUGCACCAGCAUCCUAACUGCACUUGUAAUGGUCUGGUACUGCUGCUUCAGUUGUGAAUCAAUGACUCAAUUUGUUCGAUAUUUGGCCAAGGUUGAUGAAGUUUUGUUCGAGGAACCUAAAAGUCCAGGUCUAACUUACAUUUUGGGAGGAGUGGGUUUGUGGCUGCUGCGAGUUGGUGCAACAAGCUGGGCUUUUUCUUCGUGGGGCUACUUGGACUUGUCCAUGGUGCCCCUUGGACUGAUCAUCCUGAUCCUCGAACUAGUCAUCGUCAGUCUGGUUCAGGAAAUUACGCGUCGAUACAAAACUCUAAACGGCACUCUGGUCGCUCUGCAAAAGAGAAACAAAAAGAAAAAGCAGUUAGGCGGUUUUGAAGAAUUGAGCGUCGGCAAAUUGAUGAAACACGAUUCCAAAUUGGCUUGGGGUGAAGUGAUCGAGCACAAAAACGGACUCGACCCUCUUCGCAUUGAGGGAAUCAGAGAGGCCCACGCUUAUCUGGCAGAUGCUUACCAAGAAUUAAACUCGAGCCUGGCGGUUUUCAUGCUUUUCCAGCUCGCCUUCCUUUUCUUGACCCUGCUGAACUCCUCGGUCCAGUUCUUACAGGUGUGCAUCAGCAGUAAGAACAGCGGAAAUGGUGCAAGUCCCUGCGUCGGAUACGCUCUCCUUGUCCUGGACAGUCUGGUCAGAAUGACUUUGAUUACUGUGGCGUGUGAUGCGGUCAGGGAGGAAGCUGAGAACACUGCCGAGGCAGCUGCCAGACUUUUGAGGAAAACUGUGGACCAAGACGCCCUUCGAGAGCUCCAAAUACUUGGGUCUCAAGUAAGAGCAAGAAAGCUCGGUUUCUGGGCCUGUGGACUUUUCACUGUAGAUCGACCUUUACUUUUUUCAAUCUGUGGAGCCGUAACAUCUUAUUUAUUUAUCCUGAGCCAGUUGAACAAGUGAAAAGUAAGUUGUUCUCUGUAUUACAAGUUUUCAUUGAUUUUGUUUGAGAAAAAAAAUAAUAAAUGUGCCUCUUUGAUAGGGAUAAAAUUGAAUAGUAUAAUUAGGUAUACAUCCAAGUUGGGUAAAAAACUAGGUAACAAAUCGGGUAGAAUUAAGUGGAAAGCCUAUCUAAAAAAGCAUAAUUAUACCUGAAAAUUAUAGCAACACAAGUUAUAUAAGUUAAUUAAUUGACCCCUGCAUAUAUUAGUGGAAAGG